AAUACUCCCUUGCCGGAAGUUCUUACGUUGUGAUGAACUGAGGAACGGCGGCUUGACAGCUGUUCUCUGAAUUUGGGAUUAAAAGGAUGGGAAGAUCUGUUUAUGCAGACCAAUCAACAGAGGCAUACCUUAAAAAUCUUUUACAGAAAAAUCAGUGGUAUGUCGGCCUUAUUUUGGGACAGCUAACACAACAGAGAGAUUAUGUGCUGAGAUUAGCACGUACUCCAGAUCCAGCUGAAGAUGAAGCUUGUGAGGAAUCAGAGGAUAGUGGUAUGCAGUCCAGUAAGGAACUGAAGGAACCAUCACCACGGCCAGCAUCUCUCAGUGAUGCUGAAGACAAGUGGGUUGCAACUCAUGCUAAACAGGUUACAAGGAUGCUGCCAGGUGGCCUCAAUGUCAUUGGCAUUUUUGCUAUUGCUCCUGCAAAGAUGUUGAAAGAUUCUCAAGGAAAGCUGCGUGAGCUGGCUUUUGCAGCACAGAGGGCAGUUACCAAAAAUAUGCCUGCGUUACCUGCAGACAGCAUAGGGGACCGCAUCAUCCUGCAAGUGGACAAGAUCUCUAGCAAAAUUCUAUGCAGUUCUAUAGAUGUGUCUGACUUAAAGAGCACAAUGCGUCCAGCAGAGUGGAAAUACCAGUCUUUUCCCACAAGAUGGAUACGCCUUGAUGCUUGCAUCUCUAUAGACCAGUCAUUUUCUGUGCCUGCAGAAACCAAGCAUAUGCCAUUACUUAAAGAAAUUCAGCAAGCCAUUUCUCCAUUCUGCAAAGAUAUCUGGAGAAGCACAGCCAUGGUAAAUGGUGAAAUAAGAGAUUUCCAUGAACUUUUGAUUGGAGAAGAUGCCAAGAAAAAGGGUAAGGGAAGGGAUGCAGAUCACUGUCCAAGAGAAUCAUUUAAGGUGGACUUCAUGAUGCCUUUGUCUGGAAGCGAUAAUAUUUUGGACCCAAAAGUAAUAGAGGCAAAGGAGCUUGUGUCAGUCAGAGGAAUCAUUGUUUGUCGUGCCUUUGUCAACAGGAAAUCCAGCGUGCAAGAUGGUUUAGAGGCUAUUAAAACAGAUGUUGUCCGUAACCUGUGUGCCAGAUGUGAACUGCUUUGUGAAGAUAUUGAGGUUGUGGGUGAGUUGACAGAGACCCGCCAGUUGUUUGAUGCUCCAGUUAGAGUGUUUGCCCCUGUGGCGGAGAGUGGAGUGGACUUGUGCGACUAUAUGUUUCAGGAUGAGAAGACAGAGGAGGUGUUGGAGAGGAUAAAAGAGCUAACAGAUGUGGAUGUUGAGACUGAUAAACUUGAGCUGGACUGCGAACGGCCAGCUAGAGAUAGUGACUGGGACAAAAUUUCUUCAUCGGAAUACAAUCUGAGCAGCUUGCAAGAGGACUGCAAAACAGGCACUAAGCAGUCCAGAUUCUGUUUCAUUCUAGGUGCAGUACUAAGUGGUACUAUAGCAGUUGCAGCAGCCGCGAUGUCCUUCUAUUUAACCCAGGAAGCUACUUAGAAACAACCUGUAUUAUUAACUUUUUCAUGGAAUUAUUUUCUUUGUUGAAUUUUUUUCAAGCUCUUGAAUUCAACUCUUAGCAAUAAAAAAAAAAAUCCCUAGUCAUUCCAUCUGUGCUUUCAUUAGGAAAGCAAUGGCAUUCUACCCAUUAAUUAACAUUUCCGAGUUCAUUAACGUUCAGAUCAUGGUGAUAAGACUGAUGUCUUAUAGGAGUGAUAUCACUUGGUAAACAUAACCAUUUUUUAAAAAUACAUUACAAGAAUAAAGAGCAAUUUCUCUUAAGACUUUUGAAGAAUAAGUGUAAACUUUUUCAAGUGCACAACUGAAGUUUUUAGAUUAUACUUGAUAGUUUUAUUCACACAAGUAUUUCUUUGGCUGGUUGAUUUUGGGACCAGUAGAGAGAGACUUGAGUCACCUUGCAAAAGCAACCUAAAUACUUUUGCCCAAAAUGACAGUGGCCACAAAUGUGGUAGAUCUCACUAAUUUGUUCAUUGACAGUUCACUGCACAUGCCAACAUGAGGCAACACCACAUUCACAAUGACAGAUCAUUUAUAGACGUCUGGUGGGUUGCAAGCACACACCCCACAAUUCCUUUCAUAUAGAUCCAGACUUUACGGCAAAGAGAAAUUAUUUUCAUUCUCUACGUACAUCAAAUAAUAGACCGCAUGCUACAUACACUUUACGUUGACUCAGCUGUCUCAGAUUCAUUCAGUUCAAUCUGAGUAUACCAGUAAUAGAAUACUUCCUCCAUUCAGUUAAUAAUGCAUACAUUCACAUGCCUACUUGCAGUAUUUUAUGUAUUUGACUACCACUGUAGCUUGCAAUGACGAUUUUGCUGGUGAUUCAUGCCACUCUAUACAGAAAGCUGUUGCUUUAGCUACCUUGCUCAGUCAGCUGUCUUUUUAAGAAAUGUCACAAGGAACAGUAAAUCCUGUUUUAAAAUAUAACCUCUGAAUAUGUUGUCAAAAACGAUAAAUUGAAAGGUAAAGCAGUUCAUUUGCACUGCAAAGUCCAACAUAGGUAUAAGUGGUAGAUUAUCUUUGUUUACAAUGAGUGGCAUUUCAUUUUGCAACCACAAUUACUUAUAAAGGCACACAUGAAGAAAUGUUAUGAGAAAGACAGUGCAAGUAUGAGCUAUAAUAUAAAUGUGUGUGUAUAGAUAUAUGAAACCUUAGGGCGAUGACUAUGCACUGACAAAUAUAUUCUGUGUUUUACGACAUGCCUUGCUGGAUGGCAGGGACCCUAUUCUUACAAUGCUUGCGAGGCAAGCAUACCCAGGGGUCCCACAGGCUUUUAGUUCCUACCCAUCCUCUUUAACAUUUAUGAAGUAUCACUUCAGUUAGUUGUCAGAAUAUUGUUAUAACUGAAUGUUGGGGUAAGUCUACUUUCUUUUUUUAAGGAACAAGGUGCAAAGUUACAAAAAACAAAUGAAAUGAUUUUGUAUAAACAUAUAAACGAUAUAUGAUUAAACAUUUUGCAUGUUUGUGAGCUGUUGAAAUCUGAUUUUAUUUUUUUUUUAAGAGAGAACAUAAGGACAAAAGGUGUAAAUAAUAUAUAUACACAUGUUGAUUUCAAUACUGGUGGGUUGUUAUGUUUGUGCUAUUAGAAUUUGACAGGCAGCAGAAAUGUAGUGAAAGAAAAAAGAAUCCUUGCAUGUUUGUGAAUGUUGCCAGAAUUGCUAUAUUAAACCAUUGCUGCUUUUUAGCUUGUCCAGACUUUUACAGGUAUGUUCACAUUUUGUUCAGGAAUUGUUAUAAGCAGCAGCCUUUGCCCUAUAAUGACAUAGUCAUAUCAACCACAAAAAUAUUCUUUCUCUACUUGUUACAAAUAGAUGCUGCAUAUUUGCAGAAAAUGUUUAUCCGGCACAAUAUGCUGCAUUUCCAGAAUUUUUUUGUACAGCCUCCUUAAACUAUAAUCACUGUACAACACAUUUAUUGACUUUCAAGAAGCUACCAUUUUCAGAAGCACAUCAUGAACUGUAAUCACCUUAAGUGCAGAAUAAAGGGUCACAUUCUU